AUGGCAUGGUUGUUGGUUCUCUUGCCAUUAGCUACAUGGGCAUCCACUGCAUCUAGCUCCCUGGCGAAGGCAGGCUGCCCGGCGCGAUGCGGCGGCGUCGACAUCCCCUACCCGUUUGGCAUCGGGGCUGGCUGCUUCCGCCCGGGCUUUGAGAUCACCUGCGACAACAUGAUACCAUUUCUGCCGGAUGCCACCGUCGGCCACUCGCGCCCCGAGCCCGUGCCCGUGCUCAAUCUGACCGUCAUGCCGCAAGCGCAGGUCCGGGUGCUGCUGCCUGUGGCGUACCAGUGCUUCGACGCCGCCGGCAACGAGACGACCGGCAGCUUCGACCGCAGGCUGACGGUCAACCCGGUCGGUGUGUACCGCAUCUCCAGCACCGCCAAUGAGCUCUUUGUCCUGGGCUGCAGUACCUUCAUAUACGCCGGAAGAGGGAGGCCGGCGCUCCGGCGAAAGAACGUGACAACCUAUGCCUACUUCAGCGGGUGCGUGGCCUACUGCGACAGCGCCAAGAGCGCGCGGGAUGGCAUAUGUGACAGCAUCGGAUGCUGCCGCGUCGACAUCCCGCCGGCGCUCACCAACACUAGGAUGAGGUUCGGCAAGUGGCCGCACGCCGGCGUGGAGUUCAGCCCUUGCAACUACGCCUUCAUCGUCGAGAGGGGCCACUACGUCUUCAAGGCCGCCGACCUGAGGAGGAACCCAGAGUCAGACCCAGCCAGGCGCUGGACCAUGCCGCUUUGGCUUGACUGGGCCAUCCGCAACCACAGUAACUCCCUGUCGUGCCCCCGGGCGAAAGAGACGCUGGGAUACGCUUGCGUGAGUAAGUCCAGCGAGUGCGCGAAUUCAACCAAUGGGAUGGGAUAUUUCUGCAUAUUCACGAAAGGCUACCAGGGGAACCCAUACCUUCAUAGUGGAUGCACAGAUAUCGAUGAUUGCAAACAGCCACAAUUAUAUCCAUGCUUCGGCAAAUGUACCAACAUGGAUGGAUCUUUCGAGUGCAGGUGCCCACGAGGAUACAACGGCGAUGCCAGUGAACCUAAUGGAUGUGUGAAGUCCAUAAACACAAGUUUAAUGAUUGGUCUAUCAGUUUCUAGUGGACCAACUAUUAUACUUUUGUUUAUCAGCUCAAAGAUAAUAAUCAGCAAGCUUAAGCGUCAAAAGGAACAAAAAGUGAGGCAAAAGUUCUUCCAUCAAAAUCGUGGACAAUUGUUGCAACAAUUGGUAUCUCAUAGGUCAGACAUUGCAGAGAGGAUGAUUAUUCCUUUAAAGGAGCUGGAAAAGGCUACAAACAACUUUCAUCCAACUCGUGAACUUGGUGGUGGAGGGCAAGGUACCGUGUACAAAGGGAUUUUGUCAGACUUGCAUGUUGUGGCCAUCAAAAAGUCAAAUAUUGUGGUCAAUUGUGAGAUUAAAGAGUUUAUAAAUGAAGUUGCUAUGCUUUCACAGAUCAACCAUAGGAACAUCGUAAAGCUUUUUGGAUGUUGUCUUGAGACAGAAGUCCCGUUGUUGGCUUAUGAGUUCAUUUCUAAUGGAACCUUAUGUGAUUAUCUUCACAAGAAACCACUAAGAUCAAUACCUUGGAAAGACAUAUUAAGGAUUGCAAAUGAAAUUGGCAAAGCUAUUGCUUACCUUCACUCACGUGUUUCUGUCCCUGUAAUACACAGAGAUAUCAAGUCUACUAAUAUACUUCUUGAUGAUGCCUUGACUACAAAGGUGUCUGACUUUGGAGCUUCAAGACACAUCCCUAAGGAUCUAACGGGGAUAACAACAGCGGUGCAAGGAACUUUAGGAUAUUUAGACCCUACAUACUUUUAUUGUGGCCGGCUAACAGAAAAAAGUGAUGUUUAUAGCUUUGGAGUAAUUCUUGUUGAGUUGCUAACGAGGAAGAUGCCAAUUAUAUAUAGAUCCCCCAAAGAUGACGGGCUUGUUGCACAUUUCAUUGAACUACUUGGAGAAGGUAAAUUGGUAGAAAUACUAGAUCAGCAGGUCAUGGAGGAGGGAGGGAGCCAAGUGGAAGAAUUAGCUGCUCUAGCUGUAUCAUGCACAAAACUUAUAGCAGAGGAGCGACCGACCAUGACAUUAGUAGAGAUGACACUAGAAGCCCUCCGAGGACCUAAGGAGUAUGUUCGGGUUAGGGAUGAUCUACCAGUAGAAACACAUGAGGGGAGUUAUUCCACAAAAAGAUAUUCAUAUCCUAUAAGAAGAUCAAGCUUGGAGAACGCGAGCAGGCAAUAUACCCAGGAAGAAGAGGUCAUGUUCUCAGCAAGCUACCCCCGAUAG